CAGAAACGCCGCAGAAGGAGCUGCUUGUCCUCCACUCGCACAGACCGGCCGGUUAGACAUAAUUCCGCCUCAUCAUGUCUGCAGAGAUGCGGCGUGGCAGCAUGACUGCGGUCCCGAUCAAGAACAUCGAGAGGGAGCUGAUCUGCCCCAUCUGCAAGGAGCUCUUCACCCACCCGCUGAUCCUGCCCUGCCAGCACAGCGUCUGCCACAAGUGUGUCAGGGAGCUGCUGAUGCUGAACCACGAGGACUCUUUCGAUGCCGGCUCCGAGUGCUCCCUGCCGGGCAGCCCCAGGUCCAGGGUGCCCUCCCCCUCCAUGGAGAGGCUAGACAGGCUUGUGAGAUCAGGCUCCAUCUCUUCCCCGGGGUGGCGCAGAGGGUCCGUGACUCCCCGGGUCACCACCAUCCCGUGCCCGGGUUGCCAGCACGACAUCGACCUCGGCGAGCGCGGCAUCAGCAUGCUGUUCCGUAACUUCACCCUGGAGAGCAUCGUCGAGCGCUACCGCCAGGCCGCCCGCGCAGCCGUCGCCAUCAUGUGCAACAUCUGCAAGCCUCCACAACUGCAGGAGGCCACGAAGAGCUGCAUGGACUGCAAGGCUAGCUACUGCAACGAGUGCUUCAAGCUGCACCACCCGUGGGGCACGCCCAAGGCUCAACAUGAGUAUGUUGGUCCCACCACAAACUUUAGGCCCAAGGUGCUCAUGUGUCCAGAGCACGAGAUGGAGAAGGUGAACAUGUACUGUGAGGUCUGCAGACGACCCGUGUGUCACUUGUGUAAGCUGGGAGGAUCCCACGCCAACCACAAAGUCACCACCAUGAGCAGUGCCUACAAGAUCCUCAAGGAGAAGCUGGCCAAGAGUAUCCAUUACCUCAUCAGCAAAGAGGACCGAGUCAGGGCUCAGAUUACAGACCUUGAUCUGCUCAUCAAUCAGACCGAGGAAAAUGGCCAGCUAGCAGAGCGUCGAGCCAACGAGCACUUUGACCGUCUGUUUGAGACGCUGCAGGAGAGGAAAUCAGAGAUGCUGAGGUCCAUCGAACAGUCUCGAAACCGACGCCUGGACCAACUGAAGGCCCAGGUGGAGGAGUACCAGGGCAUGCUGGAGAACAGUGGUCUAGUGGGCUAUGCGCAGGAGGUGCUGAAAGAGACGGAUCAGUCCUGCUUUGUACAGACUGCAAAGCAGCUGCACAUCAGGAUCCAGAAGGCCACAGAGUCUCUCAGGACCUUCCAACCCUCUGCUGACCCCUGCUUUGAUGAGUUUGUGCUGGACACGUCCAGAGAGGAAACUCUACUGAAAGAGAUGUGCUUUGGCGGAGUUCCGGACCCUCCUCUCAUUGACUUGUCCAACAGCAGAGUCUAUAACGAGGCCUCAAUCUGCUGGAGGCUGUCCGAUGACCACCUACCAACUGAUCACCACAUGCUCGAAUACCGCAGAGUCGGAGGCCCGAGCCAGUCCCCGUCCCAGGAGGACGGCGAGGACAGUGGUGUCUGGAGGGUGACGGACAGGGUGUACGGCCCCAGCACUGUGGUGUGUGACCUGGACCCUAACAGCCUGUACGCCUUCAGGGUCCGAAGCUGCAGGAACUCCAUGUUCAGCCCCUACAGUCCCGAGGUCACCUUCCACACACCACCUGCACCUGCUUUUGGCUUCCUGUUCAGCGACAAGUGUGGCUUCAGUACGGAGCGGCUCAUUCUAAACAAGCGACGGGACACUGUGGAGAACGUCGCAGGCAUGGCCUUCCUCCUAGCAGCAGAUCGUGUGCAGACGGGCAGCUACAUCGGACUAGACUACAUAAUUGGGGACACAGGCAUCUCUCAGGGAAGACACUAUUGGGCCUUCAAGGUGGAACCGUACUCCUACAUGGUAAAAGUCGGAGUGGCCUCUGACUCAAAGCUGCUUGAAUGGUUUCACAAUCCCAGAGAUACCAGCAGCCCACGGUAUGACCAUGAUAGCGGCCAUGACAGCGGCAGUGAGGACACAUGCUACGAGCUCUCCCAGCCCUUCACCCUCCUCACCCUGGGCAUGGGCAAACUCUUCAUCCCCAAGGCUUCUUCAUCCUCCUCCGUUUCCACGGCAAGCGCACCGCCCGGUGACCCCGGCAACCGCGUCCUUCCCUUGCCGCAGCGCUUGGGCGUAUGUCUCGAUUACGACGCAUGCCGGGUGUAUUUUUACGAUGCCGACACCAUGAGGUGCCUUUAUGAGAGGCAGGUGGAUUGUUCAGGAACAAUGUAUCCGGCUUUUGGCCUCAUGGGCAGCGGCAAAGUUCAGCUGGAAGAGUUCACCACCGCCAAGAGACUGACCUUCUGAGGAGGGAUGGCCUGUGAUGAUGCAAUAGGACCUGCAUCUAUUUAAUCUUUGGCACGCUCUGGAAAGAGCAAGUUUUAUUGACAGGGUGAUGGAGUACAAUCCAAAAUAUUUUUCUGAAGGUCAGAUAUGGCGGAUGCGAUCAGGGUCCUUGGUCCUAAAUGUGAAAAUGGGAUCUCUGCCAUAGACUGGCCUGUUUAGAAUUGGCAUGUAUAAUGUAUGACCCACACACAAGAGCAUGACACUGAAUAUUAGUGUCCACAUACAAAGGUCUUCAGAGGCUGGUGUAUGGUAUGUGAAAGGUCUUCUCUGCAUACCAAAGUCUCUGUAUCUGUUAAUUGUAUUUGACCUGGUUUUAAUUGCCAGCUAUGAUCAGCUGGUAUUGUAGUGGAAUUGGCUGCAAUGUUAAUCCGCAGCUACUUUAAAUCUUUAUUGUUUUAACAUGAAACGCCUUCGAGCUUACACUUACACUUCCUCUUUUGCCGGGUUUAUGUUUAUAGAUUAUUUUGUGUGUAUUAAUUAUUGGGUGAUCUUUGUUCCUUUGACUCCUUUCUGUAACUCUUUGUCUAAAUGUAGCAGCAUAGGUUUAGAUGUAAUCUUGGUGGACCUGAGAGAGCCUUGUAGCUACUUUAAAGCUAGUGCCUUUGUGCCUUUUUUUUUAGGGAAUGGCUCACUUAGUUUGCUCUAGCAAGCAGAUGUUGGUGUCUUUGCACAAGCAUUAUGGACAUAGUUAUCAGCAUAAAUACUGUAUGUGAAUUUUUACUGUAGGUAGUUUGAUCACAGACACUGGUGUCAAAGUUAGAACAGUUAAUGGUAUUCAUUCUGACUUGUUACUUAUCUACUCUUGACUUUAUCACAAAAAACACUACUUUUCCUCCCUCGUCACAGUUUUUGUUGAGCUGUUUUUGCACAAUAUGAUGAAAGAAGCCUCGCACAUGAUAAACUUCACAAUCAUCACGUUUUGAUCACUACCUAGUUAGCUUCUUCACUUUACGUGUUGCCGACAUAAUCAGCACAUCGAUGUCUCACAAUGACGCUCACUUUUUGCUGACGUAAACAUGAAUCCUGGAGUAGUUACUUGGAUUUAAAAGCCUCUCACUGUUUGCACAGCACUGAAUGUGACUUUCAACAUCACAAAACCAGCCGGGUACCAGAAGACCGUGUACUUGUAGUCAACAUCAGUUUGACAGCUGCAAAGUCACUAACAACCAAAGCGUGUUGGUUCUGGUGCUGUCCGAAGUGCAACACACAGCUCUGUCUCCAGCAGCCUUUAAACACAGUUUAAAAACACAAAAAACACAGUUAUUCAGGUUCCUACAGAAAGUGCUAUCACUAAACACACUGUUCAGUACCUUUGCUAUCAAAACCACCGUUUACUUGCAGUGCAGACGCAUGAAGUGUAGCAAAUUAGUUAUCACUGGUGAGUUUGGCUAUCAGACAGACACCUAAGUGGUUUAUUGGCUUUGACUGAAUCAGCUCAGAUAUUCCCGUCUAAGAGAGCACACCAGACAGACUGUUGUCCUGGCAACCACACUUGGUUUUUGUAUAGACGUAUACUGUAAAUGUGCCUGCACAUGGGUUUGUGUGUACAUUCAUGUAUAUUUUGAUUUCUGGAGGGUUAGGGUAAUCGGUGUGUGUGUUUUCUCAGGUUUCUGGCCCUGACUGGGGCCUAGUGCUACCUACCUCUAUCCGUCAGGCCUGGAAAACCUUAACUACUGUACCUUUCCUCGCAGAAACGAGUUCGGUUUGAUUUGCAGCUUUGUCCGUGGCCGUCAGUUCAAUAUCUCCGCCUUCUCUUAAUUCUCAGAUAAUAAGCUGGUCUUUCAAAAUGUUUGAUUUAACUUCCAUGUACAUAUUAAUCCAGAGUAUAUUAUUUUCAGUGAAAUAAAGUACAUCUUAAAUGUUAUCAAUCGGUGUUUGCUUGUGAACUUGAAAGAGAUGUGUAUCACUAUUGGUGGAAAUUACUGUAAACAUGUAACCUUGUUCAGCUGCCUUUGUUAAGGGAGUGUUUUUCAAACGGUACUAACAACCUUUUCUUUCUUUUUGUGGUGUUGGUUUGAUUAGUCAGUUUAAAUGUUUUGUUAUAGAGUGUGGAACACAUGUUUUUCGUUGUUUUCGGGUUAAAAACAUUUAAUAAACUCAUGCUCUUACAUUUAGCUGGUCAACAUGUUCUGCAGUCUCAAAAUGAAAUACUGGAUUUCUGUGACUUUGCGCAUAUUUCGUCUCACAGGUGUCGCCAUCCGUUGUUUCACUCUGACCCUCAGAGAUCACAGACCUGAAUCCUGAUUCCUGUAUUUGAAAACUGACUGUUUCAGCGUCUUUAAAACACGUCUAUGCAUUUAUGUAUUGGCAGGGCAGGUUAAAGGUUUUAUUUCCAUCACAGAAUGUAUCCCUUUUAAUUACAGAACAUACAGCUGAAUGUUGGUUUUUUGGUUUUUAAGGUGGUUUUCUUGUAUUGGUUUUGUUCUGCUCGGGGCCACAGCACAGUAGUAUGUAGUUAUAGAAAUCUGAUUUUAAAAAAAAGGCUUGUAAUCUCAACAUAUACACAUCUGAUUUUGAAUUAAAAUGCAUCCUAGCCUGCUUUUCAGUGAUGAACCUAGAACCAAAUAUUUUGCAGGCUGGCUCUUAAUCUAAUUCUGUGCUAGCACUUUAAAAAUCUGUAGCAUGUCAGCGACUGUUUGGCUCUGCAGGUGUGUAUCAUAGAUGUGUGUGCAAUAUUAUUAAACAGGCUUGUAGAAUAGAUGAAGACAAUAUGCACUGUUAACAAUUUUAUUUUGUGGUUUUAAAUUGGCUUUUCCUUGAUACAAAGUGAAUUUUAAACACUACUUGUUUUGUUUUUCCUCUGCAAUACUCAAAAUUUUCUUAAUUCUAAAUUAGUGACAGUGCAUUUGUCCCUGUGUGAUUCCUCCAGGGGAUUCGGAUGUGGUGUGUAGGCUAAGUGGUGGGUCUCUGUAUGUAUUGUAUGUAAAGAUGUGGAAAUGUUGUUCUUUGCUCUGAUUCCUGGGAACGCUACACUUUUUAAUUUGCUGUGU